AUGGCUCACUGCAGAGGAACCCAUGGAAGAAAAGUCUUCAUGACGGUGUUGUGUAUGGUGGCAGUAUGCAGUGCCAUCCCCAUCAGUGACCUGCUCGACCGAGCCUCUCAGCGCUCUGACAAACUGCACUCCCUCAGCACGACUCUCACCCAGGACCUGGACUCUCUUCCCCCUAUUGGCCGGGUGAUCAUGCCACGCCCCUCAAUGUGCCACACCUCCUCUCUGCAGACGCCCAACGACAAGGAACAAGCUCUUCAAGUAUCAGAGUCAGACCUGUUGUCACUGGCUCGCUCCUUGCUCCAAGCCUGGGAGGAUCCCCUGGUGGUUCUGUCCACCUCUGCCAACACCCUGCCUCACCCAGCUCAAAGUGCCAUAUCCAACAAGAUCCAGGAGCUGCAGGAGCACUCCAAGACCCUGGGAGACGGCCUGAAUAUCCUAUCUGGCAAGAUGGGUCCAGAAGCUCAGACCAUCUCCUCACUGCCCUACAUGGGAGGCAACGACAUAGGCCAGGACAGGAUUUCCAAAUUGAUCAACUUCAAUUUCCUGUUGUCCUGCUUCCGCCGCGACUCCCACAAGAUUGACAGCUUCCUGAAAAUAUUACGCUGCCGAGCAGCAAAAAUGCUACCGGAGAUGUGCUAG